GUGUAGAAAAUGUCACCAGAUGUUUAAACCGAUGUAAUUAUCAUGUCUCUGAUGGUAGUGACAUCACUGUGACGCUGCAGCACCCUCCUCCAUCUCAGCUUUCCUGAGCAGCAGCACAGCACUGAACACUGAGGAUGUAACUCUCCUGCGGGCUCAUCGAGGAAACACAGCCCGUGUUCCACUAAGUGCAUGAAGAUAACUGAGGCCAAUGAUGGAGGGCUGGCCAACAGUGACAUGGCUCCUGCUGAUGACGAACAUCGCCAACUGGCUAAAAACCGUCCAGUCACGGGACUUCACCAUGAAGGACAUCAUCCUGCUGCAUCCCUCAACUACACCUCAUCCUGGCGGCUUCAAGUGCUUCACGUGUCAAGACGCUGCAGAUAACUAUGAGUGUAACCGCUGGGCGCCGGAUGUGUACUGUCCGAAAGAUACUAGAUACUGUUACACGCUCCACAUGAUGGAUAACCGUGGAGACAGUGUGUCUGUGACCAAGCGUUGUGCAACUCUGGAGGACUGUCUGUUUACCGGCUGUGAUGAUAUCAUUGAUAAUGGCUACCAGGUGUGUCUGUCCUGCUGUGAGGGGAACAUCUGUAACGUGCUGGUGCCCAGGAAUGAGAGCAGCGCCAUUUUUACCUCCACCUCUCCUCUGCUCGGCUCCAGCAGGAGGCUUCACCCUGCAGCGCUGAGCUACAUCAUCAUCAGCAGUUUAUUUGUAGCUGGACAUGUUUGAGAGGGAAACUCAAUUGUGGGACUUCAUCAAAAACAACUGAAUAAAGGACACUUUUUGGGUAAAGGUGAAGAAACUGUUUCCUGUUCAGCUAGAUUAGACCAGAUCAGAACUGUACCACUUUCCCUUCAAAUUAAGUUUCCUUCCCCCUGUCAGACAAUGUUACAAUUUGUUUAAGCUUUUAUAUUAAUUUAUUUAUACUAAGCUGUAACAGUAUUAAAAUGACCGUGUUAUUGUUUAAACAUGUCAGUGUGUAUUAUUUGAGGUAUUAUUAAUAUUUAACUCAUAUGUUAAGGGUGUGUGGUCUAGGUUCUACCAGAGGCAGAAGGUAACAAAUACAUGGCUUGUUAGUAUCACUGAUAAAUGGCUGAAUGAUCUUACUGCAUGCAGGCCCAGGGCCCUGGAAUGAAACUCUAGCAUUUCUUGCUAGAAAGUCAAUCAAAUGAUGACAAAGAACUUCAAAAAGAUGCAACAUGACAAAGGAGAUGCUCAACCACAAGGAGAAGCAUUAAGAUUGAUAAGACGCCUGUGCUACAAAGCAACUCACAACCACCACAGUAACUACAAAGAGUCACAAAACGAACUGAAAAGACAUGUAAAACAACCACAAACAGAUGCACAAGGACUAAAAACAGAUGCAUACUGACCAGAAAGAGACACAAAAUAGAUGCAUGCAACUGAAAAGAGGCACAAAAUGACCAACAACCUCAAAAUGAAUGCAAAACAACCACCAAGGGACACACAUAAAGAAUUAAAAACAGGUGCAAAGUGACUACAUUCUGUAGGCUAUGUGGACUUACAGGUAGCAGCUAUUUAUUGAUAUUAUUCAUAUUAUCUUAGAAUACUUAAAUGUGUUUAUUUGGCUAAUUUAAACUGAGAAAAUAAUAUUUAUAUAAAUAAGUUAUGUUCAUAAUGUCCAGUUAUUUAUUAUUGCAGAGUACCACUACUUUAAAUUUGAGUCUUAAUGCAUUUUACUCAACUUACAAAUAAGCCUCCAGAAAAUAAAUGCAUGUUGAUAUGUCAGCAACAUAUGUGUGUGUGUGUGUGUGUGUGUUUGUCUGUGUGUGUGUGUGUGUGUGUGUGUGUAUCUGUGACCUCACAUUCUGAUGAUGUCACAGCCUGGCAACAGUGACAUUCUAUUUCUUUAUGAGUCAGGAGUCACUUCAAGACAGAACUAACUGACCUGUGCACAGUAAUUCAUCAAGAUAACCACAGAGGAAUAAGUCAGAGAAAAUACCAGAUUGUGCUUCAACGAAUUAAUCAUCGAUCAACAUGGAUAACGAAGGAGACCUGAGAUGCAGCGAUUUAGACGUCCAGCUGUUCACAUCAGCAAUCCUCGAACCAGUUAUCGCUUCAUUUCUAUCUAACAUUACGGAUGAGUAAGUAAAAGUUUUUAAGUCAACAGCAGAAAUUACAACUAAAAAUGUACAUGCAUUUAUACAUUGGUAUAAAUGAUUAUUUUACUUAAAUAUUUCUACUGUUUCA